GAAGGGAAUGCAUAUGAGAUUUCACCCAUUUUCCCUCAAUCUCUAGCAAAUGUCGGUAUGCGAGGGAAGGACGUGCAGCCCACUUUCUCACGCGCACAAGACCCCACACAAACAAACAAACAAACCCUAAUUCACAAAUCCAUCUACACCUCUCUCUCUCUCGUAUUCAUUUCUCAUUUUUCAAACACAGACACACAGAGAGAAAAGAAAAGAAAAAAGAGAGAGAGAGAUUUUGCCUUUGGUACAAGAACCCCAGCUCCCCUGGACCUUAACACAACACUGUCACAGAUACCCCAUAAUCAAAGACACCAAAGAGAAAAGCUAGCUACCAAGCUUAGUUCCAUACAGACAGACUCCUUAAAUUUUAUCUCUUUUUCUUAUCUAUUGUUCAUCCUUUUGAGUUCUUUACAUUUUUAGGUUCUUUGUCACUACUUUACAUGUACACUUUGCUUUAAUCUGUGCUACCUUUGCUUUUUUGAAGACUAAAGAAGAUCGCCUCUUGUAUCACUCAAGCCCCAAGUCAUUUCUGGAUACUGCCUUAUUUAAGCCUUCUUUCACUUUACAACCUAAGACAACCUUGAUCGGUCUCUCUUGUGUGAGCUUUGAUUUGGAAACGUGGCCUAUAUGUAAAAAAAGAAGAAAAAAGAAGAAAAAAAGAAGAGAGAUCAUAUAUACCUGCAAAGAAAACCUAAAGAAGAAUCAUCUUCUGGGUGAUCAUUGAUUUUAUCAUUUUCUUUUUUCUUUUUUUUUUUUUGUGCUUGACUUGAAUUCAUGGCAAACCGGUGGUGGACCGGGCAGGUAGGUCUACCGGGAUUGGAUACCUCGGUUAGCUCAUCCCCAAUGAAAAAACCAGAUCUGGGUAUAUCCAUGAAUGAUAAUAGUAUAACCGGAAACAGUGGAGGUGGAAACGAAGAAGAUGAUGAAAGAGAGAACAGCGACGAGCCUAGAGAAGGUGCGAUUGAAGUAGCUACUCGCAGGCCAAGAGGUCGUCCACCCGGCUCCAAAAACAAGCCAAAACCGCCUAUAUUUGUCACUCGAGAUAGCCCUAAUGCGCUUAGGAGCCAUGUCAUGGAAGUAUCAAAUGGUGCUGAUAUUGCUGAGAGUGUAGCUCAAUUCGCUAGAAGGCGGCAGAGGGGUGUUUGCGUGCUUAGCGGCACCGGCACAGUGACUAACGUCACACUCCGCCAGCCAUCUGCCCCCGGUGCAGUCAUGGCGCUACAUGGCCGGUUCGAGAUUCUCUCAUUGAAUGGUUCAUUUCUCCCUGGACCGGCGCCACCUGGGGCGACAGGAUUGACCAUCUAUCUAGCCGGGGGGCAAGGACAAGUGGUGGGCGGCAGCGUGGUUGGUCCACUUAUGGCAUCUGGGCCUGUAAUGGUGAUGGCGGCUACGUUUUCCAAUGCUACAUAUGAAAGAUUGCCUUUGGAGGAUGAAGAGGAAGGUGGUGGCCCGGGCCACGGGCAAGUUGCAAGUAGUGGUGGUGGUGGCAGUGGAAGCUCACCGCCUGGAAUUGGCGGUGGUGGAGGGCAGCAACAAGGUGGGAUGGGGGAGUCCUCAUCUUUGCCUAUUUAUAAUUUGCCUCCCAAUUUGCUUCCAAAUGGUGGACAGUUGAACCAUGAAGCUUAUUCUUGGGCUCAUGGCCGGCCACAAUUUUAGAGAUUGUGAAAGACUGAUGAGAGAUGAGAGAAGAGAGAUUCAGCAAUCCUGUCUUAAUUAUGUUGUACUUUGAGAGAUAAAAGAGAAAAUUAGAGAUGAAGGUGAGAAUCAUGUGGAUUAUAUAUGUAUAUUUCUCUAUGAUGAGUAUGUUUUCACUUCAUUUGCAAAUACUAGUACAAGGUGCUUGUUUCUUUUCUUCUUCUUA